AUGAACAGCGUUCCAACCCGAGUUGAUGGCAGAUUUAGGCUGGGAGACAUUCUGGGAUCUGGCUCAUAUGGUGUUGUAUACCAUGCACGGAACAUUAUCAACGACGACGAACUUGCCGUCAAACUUGAGCCCCUUAUCAACAACUCAUCUUCUUUAGAGCAAGAAUAUAACAUUUUGAAAGAACUUGAAGGUGGAGUUGGGAUCCCACGUGCCAUAUGGUUCAGUAGAGAGGCGACAUAUGAUGCUCUAGUCCUCGACCUUCUAGGGCCAUCCCUACAUGAUCUCUUCCUCGCGCGCAAACGAAAAUUCAACCUUCAUACCAUCCUGAAUAUCGGAGACCAACUGCUCUCAUCCCUGGAGUAUAUCCAUUCACACAACUACGUUCACGGUGAUAUUAAGCCGCAAAAUAUCUUAGUCGGUCGCGGUGCUUUACAGAAAACCGUCUUCGUUGUCGAUUUUGGUAUUGCAAGGGAGUACUGGAACUCUGAAACCCAAACCCAUAUGCCAUUUCGUCAAGGUCGACGUCUUACUGGCACUCCUGCGUUUGUGUUGAUCAAUAACCACCUGGGAGUCGUGCCUGGUCGUCGUGAUGAUCUUGAGUCGCUCGUAUACAUGUUGAUUUAUUUCAUCUGCGGCUCCCUUCCAUGGUUGACUAGCGACUAUGAGAAGCUCUCUAGCUCCUCGAUACUGGCACACAAGGUGGACACCACCAUUGAAGUUCUGUGCCUUGGAAUUCCUUCUGAAAUCACAACUAUGCUCAUUUACUCGCGCAAUCUCGCAUUCUCCGAAGAUCCCGACUAUGAUUAUCUUCGAUCGUUACUCCAUGGUGUUUAUGCCACAGUACCUGCAACAGCUACAUGCUCACUCGAUUUUGGCCAGUCCAACGAUCUCGUCAUACAUUCCCCUUCAAUUCCUAGAGAUCACCCAGUAGCUAAGGAGGUGCCUCCAUGUCGACCAAAGACAACGCCCCUUCGCAGAUCAGCUCGUCAUGUGUGA